AUGCAACUCAAAGGAAAGGACCAGUUGGCGCUAUCACAAAUUCAUCAAGGUGUAGAUUAUUCAAUUUUUGGCAAAAUAGCAAAUGCCAAAACAACCAAAGAAGCGUGGGACAUUUUGAAGCUAUCAUACAAAGGAGUAGAGAAAGCUCAGAAAUCUAAACUGCAAUCCAUGUGUCGAGAAUAUGAAAGAUAUGAAAUGUCCAGUUCAGAAAUAGUGGAACAAUAUUUUUCACGGGUAACAAAUCUUGUCAAUAAGAUGAGGGUGUAUGGAGAAGACAUCCCUGAAAGCAAGGUGGUGGAGAAAAUUCUACACACCAUGCCGAUGAAGUUUGAUCAUGUGGUAACUACAAUAAUUAAGUCCCACGACAUAGACAUCAUGACAGUUGCAGAAUUGCAAGGUAGCAUUGAAAGCCAUGUGAGCAGAAUCUUGGAGAAAUCUGAAAAAGCAAAUGAAGAAGCAUUGAAAAGCUAG